GCCCGGGAGAGCUUGAGGUGGCAUUCCUAGUCUCCUUUCGGCGGGGUAGCUUGUACCCUGCGGUUCGUGGAGUCUGGAUGGGCGUUGCAGUUGGAGAUCUCUCACGCUGGCCCUGGGGAACCCCGCGAGGCCCUGGUUUAAAGGUCUUCUGUGGGUUGAAAUGUCUAUGAUUUUAUCUGCCUCUGUCAUUCGUGUCAGAGAUGGACUGCCGCUGUCUGCAUCUACUGAUUAUGAGCAGAGCACAGGAGUGCAAGAGUGCAGAAAGUACUUUAAAAUGCUUUCAAGGAAACUUGCUCAACUUCCUGAUAGAUGUACACUGAAAACUGGACAUUACAACAUUAAUUUUAUUAGCUCUCUGGGAGUGAGCUACAUGAUGUUGUGCACUGAAAAUUAUCCAAAUGUUCUCGCCUUCUCUUUCCUGGAUGAGCUUCAGAAGGAGUUCAUUACUACUUAUAACAUGAUGAAGACAAAUACUGCUGUCAGACCAUACUGUUUCAUUGAAUUUGAUAACUUCAUUCAGAGGACCAAGCAGCGAUAUAAUAAUCCCAGGUCUCUUUCAACAAAAAUAAAUUUGUCUGACAUGCAGAUGGAAAUCAAGCUGAGGCCCCCUUAUCAAAUCCCAAUGUGUGAACUGGGAUCAGCCAAUGGAGUCACAUCUGCAUUUUCUGUUGACUAUAAAGGUGCUGGUAAGAUAUCUUCUGCCCAUCAGCGACUGGAACCAGCGACUCUGUCAGGGAUUGUGGCGUUUAUCCUUAGUCUUUUAUGUGGAGCUCUGAAUUUAAUUCGAGGCUUUCAUGCCAUAGAAAGCCUCUUGCAGAGCGAUGGUGAGGAUCUUAACUACAUCAUUGCAUUUUUCCUUGGAACGGCAGCCUGCCUUUACCAGUGUUAUUUACUUGUGUACUACACCAGCUGGAGGAAUGUCAAAUCAUUUCUGACUUUUGGCUUAAUCUGUCUGUGCAACAUGUAUCUCUACGAUCUGCGCAACCUCUGGCAGCUUUUCUUUCAUGUGACUGUGGGAGCAUUUGUUACACUGCAGAUCUGGCUGAGGCAAGCCCAAGGCAAGGCCCCUGACCAUGACGUCUGACACCUCCCUUCAGAUGUAUUGCCUUUGCCUUCAGGGGAAGAAGGAGAGGACGUAUAUUAACUGCCACUGUGACGAAAAAACCAGUCACCACACAUGAGAAGCUCUGCUCUCUUUCUCUUCUCAUCUUCCUGUUCUGUUUUUACAAGUCAGCCUGGCAUGCCUGAGAGCGUGCAAGACCUGGUAGGAGAACUCCCAGAAGAACCCUGCAGUGGGAUGUCAGGCUCAUCACAGUAGAAGCUGUUGAGUAUCACCCGAGGACCUGGCAGGCAGCAUUGAAUCCUCACUAGAGAGUCAACCAAAACUUAGUCAUGGACCGUGCUCUGAGGACCAAGCAGGAAUGCUACAGCCUGAGUUUGCCUUUGUGAGGCAUUGGUAUAAACCAAUUAAGAAGAUGCUGCAGGAAUUGGAAAACAAUGACUGUAUUAAGUUUCAGAUUAUUUGCACAAUUAUAGUACCACAAGUUUAUGAAGUCCAGAAUGGCAAGAAAUUGGUUCCUUUCCUGUUUGUUUCUGCCACCUUCUAACCCUGGAAAUCGCCUGGUGUGGAGAAGGCGGUGAUGCACAGCUCUGGAAUGUCACAAAUCCUGACAACACAGUACAUGUGUUUUCUUUUUAGACCAUGUUUGUCAUUCCUUUUGAAAUCACUAGAAAUACAUGAUUCAUUUGAUUAUUGUGGUCUCCCAAACUCUUACCAUCUGGAUACUGUGUAUGCUACUAUUUGCUUAGUUUCUAACCUUUACAUUUUUAAAGUAUUUAACAAAGAAAGGAACCCUACUCCAAGUGGAAAAUCAGUAUCACUUUGCCAACACAAAAUGAAAUGUUAAGUUCUUGCAAGAUACUCAAUCCUACCAUGGCUCUAAACCUGAGUGGCACAUUCAUUGUGAUAGGGACAGGUGUUAAUGAGAGCCCCUCUGUGGAACACUCAAAAGAUAAUGGGGAAAUUGCAAAGGGAAGAUACUCUCACGGUGACACAGCACUGUUUAGUUAUGUUUUUGCACCCAAACCCAUUUUGUUUAUUCCAGAAGUAUGGUGCUGAGAAUCAGAAAAGUGACUUCCCCUCAUAACUCCUGUUAUUUCAUACUUUGGGUAGGUAACUAGUUUCCAAAAGAAAUAACAUUCUUAAACGCUUAGAAGAUUAUUCAAGCCAUUUUGAAUUCCUAAUAUGGAAGCACUGCUUGAUUUCAUUUGCAAAAAUGUACAAGACACCUGGUUUGGAGCCAUCAUGAAUGAUUUGCCUUUGUCUUUAAAGGAAAUAUUCCAAACAGUGAAUGCAUAGGAUUCUGUUAUUUCAUCCCUCAAGACAAUGGGCCUUGAUACAUAAUUCCUGCAAGGGCCGUAGUUACUCGGUAGGAGUCUAGAGGCUCAGGUCACUGAACUGCUUUGUCUGCCUUGCCCAUUGUGUGGACACUUGCAGAACUGGAAGAUCUUCACACCUGGAACCUUCACGGCCCCUCCAUCUUAGAAAAAAAAGUAGACAGAAGGCAGUGAGUAGAGGUAUGAUGCCUACGGCAUGUUUAAAACAAGAAAUUCCCCUGGUCUAGGUUGCUGCUGUACCAAAGCUGCAGAGUUGCCGUGCACCUUGAGAGAUGCCCCGGUGCAUCACAUGGACUAUGCUUAGAAUUUUGUACUUACUGAGCCUUGUAAAUAAAGUGGUUCAGCUUAGGAAGGGUUUCUGAGCUAGUGGGUAGAACAGAAGAUAUUAAUUAUAAUAGUAAAUUAACCACAAAGCUCAGGCUUUCUGAUUAAUUGUGGCUAUGUCUGGGUAGUUGAUAGCUCUCUUACCAGUCUGGUUCAAGUGCUACCUCAUCAUCACUAAGCUGAGUCACAAGGGUUAGCAUUUGAAUCCGCUUGUUCGGCAGGGACACUUGAAAAAUCACCAGUUAUUUCUAAAGCUUGUUUUUUUCUGUUUCUGUUUCACCAGCUGUUUGGGGUAAGAGGAUGUUUACAUCUUAAUGUACAGAAUGAAACUGCUAUAAAUAAUCUUUUCUGUA